CAUCCCCGCUCUCAUUGACCGAAUCCGCCACUUGCAGGAAGUAGUAGCAAAAAUGGCAGCGAACAGGGUCGGUUUGUUUCUUGUAUUUAUUUUGUUUUUAUUUAGCUUUUUAGUUCAACCCAGUAGCGGUGAUACUCUUGAAAGUACAGCUGAUAAUACAGAAAAAGAACAUAGCGUUUCAGGCGCGUUGCGAGAGGUUAAGGCCGGUGGAGAUGAUCUAAAUGAAAGGCAGUGGCAGUCGACUGAUGUUGGGAUGGACGAAGGCGAUGUCACGAAAGACAAUGAAUUCUUUAGGCCAGCAACGGCGAAAGAUCAGUUUCAGGAGGAGCUGGUGAUCCGGCCCCUUCACUCCGGAGAUAUCUAUGCCAGCUUCCAGUUCCGCACACUAUGGGACACAGAUUUUCUACAAGAGGGAAAGAAAGUUUCCCAUUACCGGCUCUUCCCUAAAUCCCUUGGUCAAGUGCUCUCGAAGUUUUCUGUGCAGGAGCUGCACAUCUCCUUUACCCAGGGUUUCUGGAGAACGAUGCAGUGGGGACAGCCCUUCAUCCCCUCUCCACCUGGAGCAGAGCUUUGGGUGUGGUUCCAUCAUACAGUCUCUGAUGUGGAUGGAAACUGGAAGGAACUUACCAAUGUGCUCUCUGGAAUCUUCUGUGCAUCUCUGAACUUUAUUGACUCCACAAACACAGUACAGCCCAGUGCGUCUUUUAAACCACUGGGGGUGGGUAAUGCUUCAGAUCACCGUUUCUUGCGUUACGCAACUUUACCACGUGAAAUAGUCUGCACUGAGAACCUGACCCCCUGGAAGAAGCUUCUCCCUUGUGGGUCUAAGGCAGGUCUAGCCGUGCUGAUGAAGUCAGAGAAGCUGUUUCACAGCAGUUUUCACUCUCAGUCUGUUCACAUCAGACCUGUCUGUCAGGAUGUGCAGUGCACAAAUACAGCAUGGGAGCUGAGACAAAAUCUCAAUGUGGUGUUUGAUCUCUACACUUCAGGCCAAGGCAAAAAGGAAUGGUCACUUUUUAAAAUGUUCUCUCGAACCCUGACAGAGGCCUGCCCUCUUGCUUCCUCAAGUAAAGUCUAUGUGGAUAUAACAGACAACCCUGAGGGGGAGAUGUUUGAUCUGAGCCCUGCCACUCCUCUCCUUAGCCAAGCUGUGGUGCUGGGUGAUCGCAGAACAUAUUCAGUAUAUGACCUAACCAAAGCAGAAACAUUUGGGCAGACACGUUCUCUUAAUCUCCUACUGCGCUGGAAAGAAGACAGCGGUGAUAUGCUGCGCCCUCUGCUGCAUGCAGAGCGCUAUGUGGCCGGGUUUGGGCUGCAGACAGGGGAAAUCCACACGGUCAUCUAUAAUAAUCACCCAUAUAGAGCUUUUCCAGUACUGCUUCUGGAUUCAGUGCCCUGGUACCUUCGAAUGUACAUUCACACCCUGAAAGUCACCAGCAAAUUCCGUGAUAACAAGCCAAGCUACACUCACUACCAGCCCUCUAAAGACCGCCAGCGUCCUCAUCUACUGGAGAUGCUGAUCCAGUUACCGCCUCACUCUAUGACAGAGGUCACUGUACAGUUUGAGAGGGCCCUGCUCAAAUGGACUGAGUACACCCCUGAUCCCAACCAUGGCUUCUACGUUGGAUCCUCUGUGAUCAGCGCCCUUGUGCCAAGUAUGGUUGCAAUGGACACCAACUUCACACAACAGCAACCAUUGUUUAGCAGUUUCUUCCCAGUCAAAGAGGAGUCUAGCUACUUCAUGCGAGUGUAUACCGAACCCCUCCUGGUAAAUCUACCUACUCCUGAUUUCAGUAUGCCCUACAACGUCAUCUGCCUCACCUGCACAGUGGUCGCAGUGGGCUAUGGCUCCUUUUACAAUUUACUGACCCGCACAUUCCAGGUGGAUGAACCAAGCCCACCGCUGGCAAAACGAUUGGCCAACAUCAUUCGUCGCAUAAGAGGAGUGCCACUGCUGAUCUAAAAACUGCCAAGAACAUAACUGAGGCUUAAAACGUCCAUAUUAGGCAGCUGAAAGUAUUGAAACUCUAAAACAACAGCUGCCAAAAUUUUAAGAUGCUUUUUGCCCAUGGUAGGAGUUGAAGCCAAAUGACUGGUCUAAACAUUUGGAACAAAUGAGCUGCCUACCAAGACAGAUAGAUUAGCCUCAUUUUUUUAUGCUUUUCUUUGCAUGUUUUCAGUCACGUCAGCAAAAAAAGUUUAGUCUGUUGUUUUUAGAAAACCAUGGCUUGCAGUCAGUUGAAGAUUUCUCAAAGGAACAGCUGACAAUGCAUGGUUGAGAUUCCUCCAGCAUAGUUUGGACAUCUGGGAGAAAUCUAAACGCCAAAGCGUAAUGUUAAAUUAUCCCAAUUUACACAACCCUUUGUGAGCGUGACCAAGCCUUGGAAGCUUAGACACUACAACACAUGUAACUACUGAAAAUGGAAAUUAUAUUUUCCACAAGCUGUAAUGCACUGAUAUAUAAAUAGAUUUGUUUUGAAUAAGUUUUUCAGUGUUUGUUGUUCUUUCCCCCUAUAUUUAGCAUCAGUUUGACCAUGUAAUGACCAUGUAAAUAUAUAAUUAAUUAAACUGAAUGGAAUCCAACAGUUUGUGCUGAGAACAGUUUGUACAUGUGGUGGAGCUCCUAGAGCAGCAUUUUAUCGUUCAUGCCUCAAGGGAUUUUGAAAGGAAUGUAUUUAAUUUUUUUUCUGAAGGGGUUUGGGAAACUAUUUGGCAGCAGUUGUCCCUCUCAGCUGUACCAGUCAGAUUGAAUUAUGUGAAUGAACCUCUGCAUUGGCUGACUCUAUACAACAAUACUGUGUUUUUUGACUAAUUUAUAGCUAGUGCAAUACACAGAUGCCGAUAAUUUGAAUAAAUAAUUAACCCAUUGUUCCUUAAACAUUCAGACCAAGUACCACACCUGAUCAAAUCAAAUAAUAGUAUCACCAGUUUAGCUAUUUGUUCCCCAAGCUGCUGAUAUACAUAAGUAUAAUGAGUACAUGUUGGAGUGAUUAGAUGCAUUAAAAUUGUAAAUACAUCAGAAAUUGUAAAACAAAACUACCACAGUUUGAGAACUGAAUGUUAAAGGAAUAUAAUGGAUACAAUACAAGUUCAACUUAAUUGACAGCAUUUGUGGUAUAAUAUUGAUUACCACAAAAACAUUUUUUGACUUAAACAAAACAUUUUGGGUUAUAGUGUGGCAGUUACAACAGAAGUGAAUAGUGGCAUAUC